AUGUCUACCGGCAAGCCUGAAGCCAGGGAUCUGGAAAGUCCCAAAAUGUCUAUGGACGAACAUACUAGCGUUGAGGUUCCAGCUGAUGUCAAUCGCCGAGUCAGACGACUGUUCGACUUCCGCGUUCUUCCCAUUGUCUGUUGUCUCUACGUUUUAUCCUACCUUGACCGAGGCAACAUUGGAAAUGCGAAGACUGCAGGCGCCCAAGAUGCCCUUGGUCUUAGCUCUUCGCAGUGGGCUUGGGUAUUGAACUCAUUUUACAUUGCUUAUAUUCUCUUUGAAUGGACCACGAUGUUUUGGAAGAUCUUCCCCGCGCAUAUCUAUGUUGCAGCCCUCUGUCUCGGUUGGGGAGCUGCUGCCAUGAGCUCUGGUGCAGCUCGAAAUAUGGCAGAAUUGGUUAUUACUCGCGUUUUCUUAGGCAUAUUCGAGGCAACAUUUGGUGCCGGCGCUCCUUAUUUUCUAUCCUGCAUAUAUAAGCGAGAAGAACUUGGACUCCGCAUGGCUAUUUUGCUAGGCAUGUCCCCCCUUGCUAAUACAUUUGCUUCCACUUUAGCAUAUGGUAUUACACACAUUCGCAAUUCACUGGAACCGUGGAGGCUUUUAUUCAUCAUCGAAGGAGCACCGACUAUUGCCUUUUCUGUAAUUGUUUACUUCUUCCUAAUUGAUUCUCCCUCGACCGCCAAAUUCCUCACCGAAGAGGAGAAGACCUUUGCUGUCGAACGUCUACCAGUCCGAGAUAAUACAUCUAAUCAAGCGGGGUUAUCAGCGCCGGUAUAUUUUGCUGCAUUCAUUCUUUGCCUUGCGUCUGCUUUUUUUUCUGACCGGUAUGGAAACCGCGGCUACAUUGUUGCUAGCUUUGGUGCCAUGGGGGCCGUUGGCUAUGGUAUUCUUGCUGCUGUCCGGGACUCGACAGGAGCUAGAUAUGCUGGAGUGUGGCUUGCAGCCUGCGGGAUCUUCCCAGCUCUGGCUAUGAAUAUCACCUGGCUGCUCAACAAUCAAGGGGGCGACUCCAAAAAGGGAGCAGGUCUAGCCAUCUCACUAACCAUCGGACAAUGCUCAUCUCUUAUCAGCAGUACUGUGUUUCCCAAAUCAGCUGGGCCCUUCUAUGUAGUGGGUUGCGCUAUCGGUUGCGGUAUGAGUGGGCUCAUUGUUAUAUUGGCCUUGGUUAUGCACUUCCUGUUGUCAAGGGAGAACAGGAAAAGGGAUGAGCUUUACGGACCUGUUGACAAAAGCCAGGCAGUUGAUGUUUCACAGCAGGGAGACUAUGCCAGGAAUUUUAGAUACUUCACCUAG